AUGAUGAAGUUGACUAAGACUAAAGGAAGGCUAGCAUCAUUACCAAGUAAACUGAUGGCUUUCUGGAAAGACGCUGACAUCUUAACAAAGAUCUGCGGCAUCCAAUCAGCCGAAGCUGCAAAAGUGGCCAUUGACGCUGGCGCCUCUUUGAUCGGAAUUAUUUGUGUUCCCAACAGAAAGCGCACUGUCUGUCCUGUUGUUGCCAAAGAAAUUUCUCGUGUAGUGAGAGAGGCUCGCCAGGGAAGGCAAGACCAGGGAAAGUCGGGUCCUUUCCUUGUUGGCGUCUUCCGCAAUCAAAGUAUCUCUGAAGUUCGCUCCUUGAAAGAUGACUAUGGUUUAGAUAUUGUACAGUUACAUGGUAACGAGAAUUGGAAGGAGUACAAGCGUGAACUUGAGGGUACCCCUCUAAUCAAGAGAUUCAUUUUCCCAAAUGACUGUGCUGAUGUGCUUGAACAAUCUGAGUCCAGUGGCAUGGAAUGCCUUCCUUUAUUUGACUCUGAGGCUGGUGGCACUGGAGAGAAGCUUGAUUGGGAUGCCAUCGGCUCUUGGAGCAAAAGCUCUGGAGCUCGGUUCAUUUUGGCAGGAGGACUUGGUCCAGAAAAUGUCAGGAAAGCAUGCGAGUUGCCAGGCGUAAUGGGGGUUGACGUUAGUGGGGGAGUUGAAACCCAGGGAAAUAAAGACGCUGAUAAAAUACGAACGUUCUUGGCUGAAGCGCGUUAA